ACCAGACACAAAGGCUUGUUUUUGCUCUUGUUCAAAGUUCAACCUGUGCAUCUUAAAGGUGGUGACAGUCAUAGCGGAAAUGCACCACACAUCCUGCCCCUCACACAGACAUUAUAAGGCGGCAACUAGGAGCGCAGUGAACACAACCAUGCUGCUGCUGCUGAGAGCUGUGUUGCUGCUGGGCCUGGCUGCACUGCUGCACGCCGACAGAAAUGGCAAGUUUGUCUCGGUAAAGUUAAGACAGGGAGUCAGACGGAGAAGCAAGACUGUGAGACUGAUGCUGGACGCCUCAGUGCAUCCUCAGACCUUGCGCUCACCCAUCGCCAGCAUGUCUCUGACACCGUGGACAUACAGAGACUCCUUGAUGGAAUCCAGGUUGCCACAGAGGAUUUCUCACGCUCAGUGUCUGACGUCUGGCUGUCUGAGUCUGCAGGGAGAGGGUGAAGAUUCUGUCCUGGAGGCGAAACCCAUCCAAUACCAGACCCUGGUCCUUCACAGAGUCCCACGGAGGAGGCGGAAUAUGAGGAAGGGGAGCAAGGCAAAGAGAAAGUAUGACUUCACACUGGGGACGGAGGUGAUCACAGUGGGCUGCACCUGUGUGAGACCCAGCGUCUUAUCACAGUAACACACCUGUAAAUGUGCUUUGUCACCAAAGUUAGGAAAGUCAGUGUUGUGAUAUUAUAUCAGUCAAAUGAUUGAUUUAUUCAUGUUGCCGGUUUUCUGUGUUGAGCCAGCUUCUGACCGAGUCAUGUGACCUUUGUCCGUAGCUCACGAUAAAGGUCAAUUAAAGGUUUCCGUCAUGUGACGUAAAUGUCAUCAUCCACCGAUGUACCUGUCACUGAACACUAUACUUAAUGAGAGGCACAUAGACACAGCUGCAUGUCUGCCCCCUACUGGUGAAACAUCGCUUAAUACAGCUUUAAUACAGCAGGGAAAAUUAUAAUAUUGGUUAUUAUAACUGUAUCUUUUUGUAUUUUCAUUACUUUGUCAAUGCUUGGCAGUUGUUUCAAGUUACAUUUUA